GGAUACUACUACCUGUUUCGUCAGUUGCGUGGACUUGUGAGUCUACUUUAAAGUCUUACUUUCGAGAUGGCAGAAGCAGCAGGAAAAUCCAAAAGGAUGCAGCCAGCAUGGCAGCCACCUAAAGGAGAUGGUACAGUAACAUUAAAGUUGUACAACAGUUUGACACGCAAAAAGGAGGUGUUUGUGCCGCAGCACGGCAAGCGGGUGUUGUGGUACAGCUGCGGGCCCACGGUGUAUGACGCCUCCCACAUGGGACAUGCACGCUCCUACAUCUCCUUCGACAUCCUGCGACGCGUGCUGACGCAGUACUUCAAAUACGACGUUUUCUACUGCAUGAACGUCACCGACAUCGACGACAAGAUCAUCGUCCGUGCGCGCCAGACUUGGCUGUUACAAAACUACAGCCAGCAGGUGCUGACGGUGCGCCAGGUGCUAGCGGACAUAAAGGAGGCCAUGACGACCUUUGAGGGGAAGCUGAAGGCCGAGACGGACCCCGACAAGCUCGCCAUGUUGGAGAGGAUCAAUGGCCGCCUGCAGGAAGCUGUGCGCCUGGUCGAGCAGCGCGACACUAAACAGGAACAGAGCGACGAGCAGCGACAGGUGCUGCUGGAUGCAGGGCGAGAUGUCCUGGCCGGCUGGUUGGACAAGGAGAUGGGGUCCUCAGUCACUGACAAUGCUAUUUUCUCUGAGCUGCCUCGGCGUUUUGAGGAGGAGUUUCACAAGGACAUGGAGGCGCUUCAGGUCCUGCCGGCAGAUGUCUUAACACGUGUGAGUGAAUACAUCCCAGAAGUGAUUGCCUACGUCCAAAAAAUCAUUGCAAACGGCUACGGAUAUGAGGCCCAAGGUUCUGUGUACUUUGAUACAGCUGCCUUUGACUGUAGCGAAAGCCAUCAUUAUGCCAAGCUAGUACCUGAGGCAUAUGGAGACAAAAAGGCGCUUUCUGAGGGAGAAGGUGAGCUGAGCGUCUCAGAGGAGCGGCUGAAUGAGAAACGCAGUCCCAAUGACUUUGCUCUGUGGAAAGCCUCCAAGCCAGGCGAGCCGUCCUGGGACUCCCCCUGGGGCAAGGGACGCCCAGGCUGGCACAUUGAGUGUUCAGCUAUGGCCAGCUGUAUACUUGGAGAAUCAAUGGACAUUCACUCUGGAGGUUUCGAUUUGAAGUUCCCCCAUCAUGACAAUGAGCUGGCUCAGGCAGAAGCAUUCUAUGAAAAUGACCACUGGGUGCGCUACUUCUUGCACACCGGCCACCUGACUAUAGAUGGUUGCAAGAUGUCCAAAUCUCUGAAAAACUUCAUCACCAUCAAGGAAGCUCUGCAAAAAUAUUCAGCACGCCAGAUCCGCCUGCUCUUCUUGCUGCACGCCUGGAAAGACACACUGGACUACAGCGACAAGACCAUGGAGAUAGCUCUGGAGUACGAGAAAACAAUCAAAGAAUUUUUUCUUACAAUUAAAGAUCUUCUACGCACAACCCCUUCCACAGGGGUUCAGGCUUGGGACAAAUGGAAUCAGGAGGAGAUGACUCUGAAUAACAAGUACCAAGAGAAACGACAGAGGGUGCAUGAGGCACUCUGUGACAACAUUGACACAAGGACAGCCCUGGAUAAUGUACGUGAGCUGGUAACAGCUUCAAAUUCUUACAUAGCACAAGCUCAGCAGCUCAAGCGACGUCCAAACAGAUGUCUCCUUCAAACAAUUGCUCUCUAUAUCAUGGAUCUUUUAAAGGUCUUUGGUGCUAUCCCAACUGACUGCAGCAUUGGCUUCCCACAGGCCAGUGGGCAGACUAUUAAUCUGGAGGAGACACUGAUGCCAUACCUAUCAGCCUUUGCCACAUUUCGUGACCAAGUGCGACAGUCUGCCCGCGAACAGAAAGCAACUGGAAUUUUGAAGCUGUGUGAUGAGGUCCGAGACAGCAUUCUGCCAAAGCUUGGUGUAAGGCUGGAGGAUGUGGAAGGCCGCCCAUCAGCCAUCAAGCUGGUGGACAGUGAGACUCUAAUGCGGGAGCAGGAAGAGAAGAGAAAGCAAGAGGAGGAGAAGCGACUGUUAAAAGAAGCCAAGAAGAGGGAACAAGAGGCUGCUAAGGCUGCAAAAGAUGCACAAAGAAAAAUACCACCAUGGGAGCUGUUCCUCAAUGAGAAAGACAAGUAUUCCAAAUUUGAUGAUAAGGGCAUUCCCACCCAUGAUUCAGAGGGUGCUGAGCUCAAGAAAUCAGCCUUAAAGAAACUGGUCAAACUGUAUGAAGCACAGGAGAAGAAAUACAAAGAAUAUUUGGCCGAGAAGGGGGAAGGAAAAGUAGCCAGUGGUGAUUCCUGAGAACCGAGUGCUUCCAGCAACAACAGUGAUCUGCUCUUCCUUUCUUCUCUAAAUGUGAAGUUGUAUGAUUAGUGUAAUGAUACUCCAAAAACAGUUUUCUGUUACUUUUAUCUAUUGGCAAGUAGCCUCUUAUACUUCCUUACAGUUUCCCUAUUGCUGACAGAUGUGCAAAUUGCUAGUUUAUUUAUGUACGGAUUGCUGGUUUAUAGUUCUGUAAAUUACAGGUUUAUGUGUAUGUAAGCUAUUUUUGUCCUACAGAGUGGUUUCUAGUUUUUAUGCUUACAUAUUUGUUGCCAUCUCAUUUCCUUCUCUCUCUCCUCUCCUGCUUCUGAUUUUUAACUCAUUUUUGUGUUCUUUUGCUCCCUUAUACAUACAUAGUUACGAUAGUUAUGUGAAGGGCAUCUUCCCCCAAAUUUGCACUAAAAGCUUGUGUGCAGAAAAAAUUCUUAAUCCAAGUACAGUUCUGCAACAAGAUGACUAGCAGACAAAAUGCCCCAACAAAAAAUAAGCAUAAGUGAGUAAACAUUGGGAUUGAUUUUAUCCUUAUUCUUCUUGCCUCUUUCAUAUUUCUCAUUCAAACAGGCUUCAUUCCUGACUUUUUGUUUAUCACAUCUGUAUCUGUCUUUUCUCCUUUGUCAUUAUACAUUUGCUGACCUAUUUCAUUGUUUAUGUGAUGCUCAGCAAGGGAUACAAAGGGCAUUUUCUUCACCAGUAUCCUUGCAGCCAUACAGCUGGAUGUUUUACUGACAUGUGUCAAGGACCAAUGUUCUUCAGUUUCAAAGUCUCAUGUUAAAUGAUUCUGCACUCUAUAUAUCAAAAUUCAGUUAAAUUCAAUAUUUUCAUUUAUUUUUGUUGGAUUUUACCUAAGUCCCACAGUUUGUCAUAAUCCAUGUGAAAUAUUUUCUGUAUUUUUCUUGUAGUCAUCGAUCUUACCUAUGUAGAAAGCAUUUCUUUUUGUAAAAGAUUGUCACUGUAGGUCCUAGAGGUCAAAAGAGUUCCUCCAAAAUUUUUUUUAAGGAGGCUCAUUAACCUGGAAUAGGUCACAAGUUCAAAGUCUGUUUAAGUCAAUGUGUGGAAACUCACCCACCGGCAGGUAUUCAGCAGAAAUGUGGAACUGUUUUAUCACAGAAGGUAAAAGGUGGCAGGAGAGGCUUGGGCUCGGGCUUUUAUGAUGAAUCACUUACAUUUACUGCCCCUUACACCACCUACUUGGCUGUAAGACUAUCAUUUUUUUUUUAGUAAAUGUACUGGUCCUAAAUUGUUUAUACAAUAUUGCUAGCUUAUUUGGUAGAGGGGCUUGUCAGAAGUUUAUGUACUUCUGCUAAAUAAUGUAAUUGCUGUUGGGUUUUUUUUUUCUUUAAGCUAACAUUCUUGAGCAUGACAUCAACACUCAUUACUCUUAACAUAAAACGAGAAUAGCUUUGCCUCCACAUGUGCUAUUUUCUGUGUGAAAAUUCACCAGGACCAUGUCUCUAUGCUUACUGAGCAUCAAACCACUUAAGGACUUUUGCUUUAUAAAUGCUGAUGCUGAUGUGCCAUUCAUCAUUACUUGUUUUAGUGCAAAGUCUUGACAGUAGUAUAAAGUGUGUGUGAUGCCUAAAGUACAUUUUGUAAUAAUGCUUCCUGUUCUCUAGAAGAGUCAUGUCUCUUGUUAUGCUUAGAAUGGCCAGUCUUCUGUAUUGUUCUCUUUGUAGGUAACAUGUAGUCUUCUUAAUACUGAAUGGUUAGGCACCUGUUUGCUGCAAGCAGUUGGUAAUACUUCAUGCAGUUCAGUUUGUGUGCAAGCUUGGAGCUAAGGUGUUUCUCUUUUAAUGAAAAAAUGUAUGUUUUUUAAUUGUUUGCUGCAUUUUUCUUAAUGAGCAGCACAAACUAAUCAUGUCUGUGUCUUUUUUUUGUGUGUGAGAUCACACUUGCAAAUUAACUGAACAAUCUAAAGCUUUGAAUGAACCACACCAUCAGUUAGCUGGUGUUUCUUUGUUUUGUUUUCAAUGUCAUUUAUUUGCCCAUAUAUUUGUAAAGUAACAAAAUUUUGAAACAUCGUACCUCAACAUAGACCUGGGACUCGACUCUUGAUCUGCACAAAAUAACUGUUACUUGCUUUUGUAAGAUGUCCCUAGUAUAGUCACUUGUUAGCUCUGCCUUAUGUAGUUCACUGAAGAAAAUAAAGAUAACACAUCGAGCAGUCA